AUGGACGCGCCAGACAGUACCUACAGUGGCUUCUUGUCCUUGCCCACUGAGAUACGAUGUCAGAUCUACGAUUAUUUGCUUGCUGAAUCAUACGCCAUUACCAUCAGCGCCGCAUACACGACUUGUAAUGGUGUUCGGAUACAAGGCCACACUCGCAAGACCGAGAUUCCAGGUUUGCCACUUCAUCUCGCGCCAAUAGCACGACGCGGCCACGCCGCAUCCCUCCUCUCCGUCGCGAUGCCUCCAACGAUCUGCCUUGAAGAUGGACAGAUGGUCGAUAUUGAAAGCGAGAAUCUGGGGCUCUCGGCACCAUUGGCACUGUCAUUGACUUCUCAUCUGGUCAAGGACGAGCUGAGAGAUUGCAUGCGGAGGCGAAAACAUAUGUUGGAUGCACGAGCCGAGUAUGACGACGAUGGUGUUCUUCGAGACGACGAAGAGAAUACUGAAGGCAUAUCACUCCAUGUGUCAUACCCAUACGGAGUUCUGGUCUUGAAGAGUCAGUAUCCAUACUUGCUAAAGCAAGCGCGGAGAGUCUACGUUUCUGGCUAUUACACGCCUCUUCUCGAAGAAGAUUCAAUUGUCCCAGAUCCUAGCGACAGCGAGCAUUUGACACCAUCAAACAGCCUUGCGGCACCUUCUUUCAAUACUCCAGCGUCGGGCCCUUCAACGAGCUUCAUAGCUGCAUCUAGCAAUUCCUCAAGACGACCUCCCCGCCACGGCGCAAAUAGAAGCCCUUCUCGUCCACGCCUUCGCAUGGGCGCGCCACUCCCACGCCAAUCACGUCACGUCUCACACGUCACCACGGCUUUCCCUGUAUUUUCCAAAUCAACCGCAACACACGCUCCAACUGCCCUCGCACACCUCGUCUCUACCAUAAUGCCCAAAACCCCUGGGUCUCUUACAAAAUUCACGGCGCGUAUCCUCUUUCCGGGUGAGAAUACGUAUGGCAGCGUUUGGGGUGACGACAACAGCCCCGUCACUCACAUCUUGCGCAGCAUCUGCGGUGGCAAGAUUGAUAUGAAAGUGCUGAGGUGUAAUUUAGGCACGGGGCUUAAGUUAACGGCAAGACCAAAACCAUGGAGUCGCAUCGUGAGCACGAGCUGGGUCAAUUGGAGGAAGGGAGAUUUCAUGGUAGAAGGUAGCCCCAAUGCUGCAAGAAGGGCAAGUGGGUCACUAAGUGUGAAUGAUUUGGAUCAGUUUUUGAGAGGCGUUCAAUGUGGUGCGUGAUGAGAAUUCUUUGGCAUCGAAUCCAUCAACUCGAUAUGUUUAUGACUUGUACUAUACAAUGCAACGUACGACUAUGGCCGCUCUUAACCCGGAAACUAGUGAUCUACUGAGCAAUCUACAAGCUAUUUUUCUUU